AUGAUCGACGACCUUGAGAAUACUUUCGUGCAAGAAGACUCCAUCGGAUUGCCCAUGUCCGAGGAGAAUCCCUACGGCAACGCGUGGAAGGUGCACAAGACCUAUGUCGAAAAGAGCUGCGCCUUGGAUUUCGACCCACAGAAGGCCCGAGUCUUCAAGAUCGUCAACGAGAAGAAGCUCAACCCCAUCUCCAAGAACCCAGUUGGCUACAAGGUCGUAGCCCCACCAGCACAGCUCCUCAUGGCCGAUCCAGCCUCCCUCGUCCGCAAGCGCGCUCGCUUCGCAGAGCAUCACAUGUGGGUAACACGCUAUAAGGAUGAGGAUCUCUGGACCGGAGCAAAGUGGACGAACCAGAGCAUGAUCGAGAGGGAUGGUGUGGCGGACUACGCGGCGCGGAAUGAUAAUGUCCGUGGCGAAGAUCUAGUCGCGUGGGUGACGUAUGGACUCACGCAUAACCCGAGGGUGGAGGAUUACCCAGUUAUGCCUGCUGAGGCUAUCACUGUUGCGCUGAAGCCGGCUGACUUCUUUGACCGCAAUCCUGCUCUUGAUGUGCCUCCUAGUACCCAGGCUGUCAACAAGAGUGUGCUGGUCCCCGCCAACGGUGUUAGUAACGGGAAUGAACAGGAAGUUUGCUGUCGAUGA